AUGAAAACUCACCAAGCGCGGCCUAUCGUGCACUCGGAAGACGCGGUACAGUCGCGUGGGUUCCACAGGAAUGUGCAUCAUCAUCACCGUAUUGCUCUUGAUCGAAAAUUUGGCCAUACUUGGAAACUUACAACCAAACAUAGAUAUAAAGACCUUUUCAUCAUCUGGUUGAGUCGAGAAAUUUGUCGGACAGGAGAAGAGGGAAAGGUUUUGUUCCGUACAAACGGUGUUUGGCUGAGAGGGAUGAAAAAUCGUCGUUUUCCUUUGUGCAGGGACGUGAGAGUCAGCGAGCUCGUGUUUGCUCAUAGCACUUACCGCUACAAUUUAGCUAUUUCUUUUUUGAACUGUGUUUCAGAUUUCUUUGUUAUUCAAAAUUAUACUGGUUGA